AACUAAAAUGAAUUAUCUUGCAUCUAUUGUAUUUUUGGCCUGGUGGAUUCUUUCUCAGUUAAUAAAUGUCUGGAAUCGAGAGUUACUAAUUGGUGGAAUACUAGACAAUCCAACACUCCAAAUUCGGGAACCAAAGAGUUUUAGAAAGCGUUCUUAGUGGGAAAAAAGUGUGAAUAAAGGAUUCCACUGAAUUGAAUUGGGUCCAUGAAUCUAAAAAGUGGUGAAAAUUCUUAUAACUGAUAAGAUCCAAAUUAUAUAGUGGGGACAUAAAUCAAGUGGUUCAAUUAAAAAAAGGCAAGAAGCUUUUAUUAGUACUUAGUACUUAUCAAUAUGCUAAUGAUUUAUUUAUCAAACUCAGUGCUACUGACAAUGCCAACGGUCAAUUUUUUCAUAUCUCACUUAAAAAGCCUUGAAUACCGUUGUGUUCCAAAAAUUCUCCAUUUUUUCUCCUGUUUUCUUCUUCUAUCACACAUCCCCAUCAUCAUCACAUUCAUAAAUUCCUCCAUUGAAGAGGUUGACCAUAAAGCAAGAAAAUAAAUGAGGUGCUUUACAGCUUGCUUUCGUACUAAUUCCAAUUACAAGAAAAUUACCAUAAAGCCAUGUAGUAAUAGUCGUAGCAUCUCUCCUAAAGCUCUGCAGAGUUUGCUCGAGACCCACGAAAAUGGUGAAGUUUCCUUAUCCAUUAUUAAUGCUAUAAAAGAAGAAGCUCGGCACAAGAUUGCAAACCCCAUUAAUCUGUUUGAAGAAUCCAAGGAUACGGAGGAAGAAGAGUUGAAUAAAAAUAGCAGAAAGAAUUUGCUCGAGAUCCAAGAAAAUGGUGAAGCUUCUGUAACCAUUAAUGCUACAAAAGAAGAACCCAAGUAAGAUAUAUAUAUAUAUUUGAGAUAAUGGUCAAAAACACACUUGAACUAUCAUUUUUUCGCGAGUUUCAUACCCUAAAUAUUAGUUGUUUCCUUUUCCUACCUGAAUUAUCUAUGUAUUAAAACACAUAUAGUUGAGUAGAUGGUGAUAGUUCAUGUAGGAAAAGGGAAUGAUAGGCCUAGUCAGCUUCGAGGUGUGAUUUAAUACAUGUAUGGUGAUUUAAAAUAGAAAAAACAUAGAUGGUGAUAGUUCGGUAAAAAAUUGGAACAACUGAUAGUUAGGGUGUGAAAACGUAAUAGUUCAGGUGUGUUUUUUACCAUUAAAUCUUCUUUUUUUAGAAUUUUUUUGAAAAGCUCCAAUUUUGCGGUUCUUUAUUCUCUCAAUUCUUUGAAAAAAACAGGAAUAAUGAGGAAGAAGAGUUGAAUGAAAGCAGCAUAAAGAAGGUUACAUUUGAUCUAAAUGUAUCAAUCUAUAAUGAAGAAUUAUUAGCAAACCAAGAAUCUGCAAAUUGCCUGGAAGAAGAAGAAGAAGAAGUGAACGAGCUUUCAAAUUCAAGCGUGUCAAGCGAUAUAUCUUAUGAUCCUCCAAACCAUAGAUAUCAUCGCUGCAGAAAGAGCGAUGACGGAUUCGAAGAUAUUGAUCUCCGAGAUGAUGCCAACAACAACAACAAUAAUGGAAAUGAAAUGAUUCAAGAAGAGUCGUCUUACGAGUCUUUAUUUUCGCUCUCCAUAGAUUCUACUAGGAGAAGAAACAAUAAUCCAACACCAGAAAUGGAUGAAAAUAAGGAGGUCAAUAGUCCAUUUAAGCAAUCUAUCAAAUUUAGUGCUAAACAUCAGGUCAGCCAAUUAUCAGGGUUGAAUCCAAUUCAAUGCAAAGCAGGCCCCAUUACAACGCCGGCCUCACCAUUGAAAAAGAAGAAUCACGAGAAGGAGAAUAUCGAUAUGAAUCUUCUCGACUUCAGUAUUACGUAUAAUAAACGUGUACAAAAAGAGCCUAGUUUGAAGCUCGAGGAGAAUGAAAUCGCGGUUGAUACUAGCCUUUCAAGUUGGUUAGUCGAAUCUUCUCAAGACAACAACAACAACAUACCCAGUGUGGUCCCACAAGUGGGGUCUGGAGAAUCUUCUCAAGACGAUACGUCAAAUUCCAAAGCGGGUGAUGGUUCUGUUGGUAAUUCACCUUCGGGCAGGACCAUGAAGUUCGAUGAUAGAUCAAUUUUAGGAGAGCUCAAAGAUGAAAAAAAGCCCAUUAUAAUCGGGACUGUUGGGAGCUAUUUGAGACGUACAGGGCAGACUACUACAGUGUAUUCAAACUAUGGCAUUUCAUCUUGCUGAGGCAUUAGCGUGCGCGCUCCCGGAGGAGGUACCCGGUGUUUUCGCUCCCUACUAUUUUUUAGUUUCCUUUAUCUUUUUUGCUCUUUUAUUUUGGUAAAUUCUGAUUUUAGUGGCUAUGAUAUUUUAGUCACAUUCAAUUAAUUGAAUUGUGCACUUGUGAUCAUUUUGCUUGUAAAUAUUCACAAAUUUUCUAUAAUUAUUAAUUGUUUCGUCACGAAAUUAUUACUGUAA